GCAGCGGUUCAAGGUCAAGGAAGAGGAGAAGUCUUGUAGGCUGUAGCAAGUAUUGGCUGUUCGCAACGCUUUCUUUCUUCUUGAAGUUGCUGAGGGCUGAGCGACUAUCUAUCUGGCACGCACCGCCAUUCCCUCUAUUUCUUCAUUUUCAGGAAAACGAAAACGAUGUCGGCUCGAUAUCUGAGAAAGGUUUUGAAACAACAAGAACAACAGCAGCAACAACAAGAACAACAAGAAAUUGAUGAUGAUGAUGAUGAAGAAGAAGAAAACCAUCUGAGUGGCAAUCAAUCUGACGAUUCUGGUACUCGUCCCUCAAUCAAUCCCUUUGACCUUCUCAACGAUGACGACCAAGAUGGCCCUGAUCAGGGGGAUGAUUUGGAGGUUAUUGAUGAACCCUUGGAGGUAAAUAGUACUAAGGAAGAACCAUCCGCAUUGGAAAAUAAGGUUGAUGUGGUUUCGACAUCCAAUCAAAAGUCCAAGAAAAAAAAAAAGAAGAGAGGCAAGGAGGGUUCUCUGUCAAGUGCUGAUAAAGUAGAAAAACCCUUGGAUGUGAUUCUAGAAACUUUAUCUUUGGAAGCUAACUCUUCUGGUCACCAAGGUGGCCCUGCAAAAGCCAAAGCUGCAAAUGCAAAAGAUGGGGGCAAGCUGGUUAAACAAUGCGUGCUACAAGUGGAUUCCAAAUAUUUGAAUGCCGAGAAUGAGCUACGAAGAAUAUUUGGUUCUAAGGUGGUGAAGUCGUUUGAGAAAAGUCAUCAAGCUGGCAGUUCUAGACAGAUACGAGGUGGACGUCGUGGGAUCCUUCCUCAUAGAAAGACUAUUCUUGUCACUCCUUCUGACCACUGGCCUCGCUGGGAUGGCUCUGUGUCCAUGGAAUUCCUGGAAACACGGGAUGGACACCACUACUUUAGAUAUGUACAUUCCUUGUCCUAUGGUCAAGCUCAGAGAAAAUUUGAAACUGACAAGGCUAUUCAUGAUCUCAAUGGUAUUGCAAGUAUUUUGUUACACCAUCCUUAUCACUUAGAUUCACUGAUAACGAUGGCGGAAUAUUUCAAGUUUGUGGGUGAACAUCAAAUGUCGGCAGAUGCUAUAGCAAAGAGUUUAUAUGCCUUGGAAUGCGCGUGGGAUCCAAUGUUCACUCCUUUGCAGGGUAAUUGCCAAUUAAAAUUCAGCCAUGAAACCAACAAACCACUAUUCUCAGCACUUUUCACUCACAUGAGAAAUAUGGAUAGACGUGGCUGUCAUCGGUCUGCUCUGGAAGUUUGUAAACUGUUGCUGUCAUUGGAUUCGGAUGAUCCAAUGGGUGCCAUGUUCUGCAUUGACUACUUAUCUUUGAGGGCAGAGGAGUAUGCAUGGCUAGAACAGUUCUCUGAUGGCUAUAAAAGUGACAACUCUCUAUGGUUGUUUCCAAAUUUCUCAUAUUCGCUUGCUGUUUGCCGGUUUUAUCUUGAGAAAGAGGAAUCCUCAAAAGAUUCUCAUAUGGAUAAUACAAAGGCUACUUCGAACGAUCUUAUGAAGCAGGCUUUGAUGCUUUACCCCUCUGUCUUGAAGAAACUUGUAGCAAAGGUACCUUUGAAGGAUAGGGUGUGGACAGAGAUACUAAAGCAUGCUUUAUUUCGAUCAGAUGAAGCAGGAAUCCCAUCCUUGGAUCACUUGAUUAAUUUAUAUGUAGAGAGGAAUUACAUCAUUUGGAGGCUCCCAGAUCUGCAAAAAUUGCUCAGGGAUGCUGCAAAACAGGUUAUUGAAACGCAGGAAACUAAUAGCAGUGAUGCCAAGGAUUGGGCUUGUGUGAGAAAAGAAGUGUUCUCCUCUGAAAAAAAUGAGUAUGCCCAUUUAUUGGUGUCAGAUUUCUCUGAUUCAAUGCCAACUAUUCCACCUGAAAACCUGCAAAAUUUCAUGGUCGACCCAAGGAUGAGGGAAGGUAUACAGAAUGAGAUCCAAAAUGUCAAUCCACCCGGCAAUGGCCAUGCUCCCCGUGAUGUUGCAAAUCGGAAUGCAUUAGCUGUCUUAUUCGAGUCAUUGUUACCAUGGGUUCAUUAUGGGGAUGGAGAUGGAGUUGAUGAGGAUAACCAACCUAAUGGGGUUGACCAAGGAAAUGAAGAAUAGAGUGUCAACGGCGCCAAAAGUUUUACACACAUUGUUAAUGGCAAAAAGUAUCUGCUUCGAAAAAGUUCUACAAGUAUCUGUUUCGUAAAUUGCAUGAUAAGAGAAUUUACUGUUCUAGUCUUAAGUACUGAAUUAGAGACAUGGGUCAGUUGCUUGUAAUUUUUACUGGCUAGAGGUGAGUUCAAAGGGCUCUUCUUUGGAAAAGUUCCCUACUCUAUCCUAAAAAAAAAACAUUAGACAUCUUCCAUGUACAAAGCUAUAUCUAGGAAAAUUGUUGCCUAGUUUACCAUUCUUUAAGCAAGUACACUGUGGAAUCUAGGACCCUUUCGAUGCAAAACAUAUUCUAUUAAAUUGCGAUGUUUAAGGUGUUU